AUGAGUUGGGACGUCGAUAGGUGGUCAUUGCACACUUCGACAUCACCGCCAAGAGGUCGAAAUCGAAAUGGGUCAGUUCUGAGGCACCCGACGGCUCCACUUUCGGCUCCAACUUCGGCUCCCGGCUGGCUCGGAACAACAACGGACGGGACGAAGGAUGGUAACUUUACUCUGCUUCUGGAAAUCUCCGGAAGUUGGCCUGGAUACUCCUGUACCAGAUGAAAAUCCGGAAAUUCUCAACUUUCAAAACUUUCUAGCUCUAGAAGUAAUCCCUCAAAGACAAAGGCGGCAUAUUUUUGUGGUUUUUCGACUUUGAGGGAUCUUUCUCUGAAUUUAGAAAGUUUCUCAGGUUGAGACUUCAAGGACCUUAGUCUGGUACAUUUCGUACAGUCCUGGCCAAGUUUUAGGUGAAUUCAAGUCCAAGCAGAGUAAAAAUGACUAUCCUUGUCAGUGAAAUUUGCGAAGCCUCCCCAUGCGCCUAUAAAAUAGCUUCGGUGCUCGAAUCAGGUUACUAUUAAAGGGGCAUGGGGCGGCUCCGCGAGUUUCUUUCGCCACGAACGAUAAGAUUUUUCGUUUCAAGCCAGCCGCGAAUCGACUGUAUGAAGUAAUACCAAGAAAACUUCAAACCUCUAAAAUAAAAUGUAAUCUUCGAAAUUUCAGCAUGGAUAUGGUUUGGUACCAAGCCUAUCGCCCUCAUUCUUAUCUUUCUGGCCUGGCCAUCUCAAAGCUCUGCUCAAGGUAUAUUUCCAUUUCCCCAACUAUUUAUUUAUAAACUUUUACUUCGGCAAGUAGUCUCUAGUCAUCUACUAAAGACUCCAAACGGGUCAAAGAUUUCUUUGAAAGGGCUGAUAGGUCACAGUAGCAGUGGGACUUUUUUUAAACGAAAUCCGCGUCGCGAUCGCAACAAGUUGCGCUCAUACUUUUUUUUUGAGUCGGGAUAUUUAGUUUCAACAAAUUUUCAAAUUUCAAUCUAAUGGUAACCUUUUCAGACCAAUGCUGUAAGAAAAUGAUUCUGAGCUACCCGUCCGGCGACGCCAUUCCUCCCGAGUGCUCGAAAAACGUGAAGUGCACGGAAGCACCUGUUAUGAUUGAAGAUACCGAUUCUCAAGCAACUGCCGUUGGUAAUUUCCUAAGUUCGGCUACAAAGAUCGGAACUCUUUCUGUCAUCAACAACAAAGACAAAAUGAUGGCGCUUUCUCAAGUGACCGCCUUAAUUCAUAAGGGACCUGGUUCGUUUUUCCGCUUUUCUCAUUCUCAUUCUCUUUUCAAUUUUAUUUUCCCUUGUUCAACUUCUUUCAUUUACAGGCCCAGCCGUAUUCUUGGAUAAUGCAAAACUCGAGGAUAACUCGUUUAAAAAGUUGAAAACGCUGACAGUCGAGAACCUCCAGCCUUACUGCAACGGCGCCAAACUCAUCGACAUCCAAGGCCCGCUCGAUGCCACUGUAAAAAAACGGCUGGACAAGAUCUUGAACGAAGUAAUUCAUCUCGAAAAAUGGUUGAACUUGAACUAAAGUUGAACUAAUAACCCUUGGAAGUCUCGAAAAAUACGCAAUUGGCCAAUUUUUCCUUACUUUCAAGCAAAUUAAUAGAAAAUUUUCAAUCUGAAAUCAUCCUAUCAAUUUUCAUACUAUUAAUUAAAACAAACUUCUUACAGACGCUGGCCCCUUGCAAGAGCCUCAAGGACACAGGAAGUUCGGGCGGUUCAGCUUCUUCAAGCUCUCCAUGCUCCUCGAGCUCUGCGGGCCAAAAUAAUCAUUUGAUUACUUGCCCAUCUUGCCCAUCUUGCAGUCAAAUGCUUGUCGACGCCGAUUUCAAUGCGUGUUCGCCGAUAAGUAAUCUUUCUGAAAAUUUUAUUGCUUGACAACCUUCUAUAAAGUGAAUUCAGAAGACGUAGGGUCAUUAAAAAUGAGAUUGGAGAGAUUUUUGUUGCCUUUAAAAAAUUCUCUUUGAGAUGAACAUCAAGCUUGGGUCAUGUUUCGGUGAACGAACAGAGAGACAGGAAAAGUUGAAACUUUAAAAAUCAAACACCCCGCAAUUUUCUGAGCAUUUCUAAUAAUCACUUAAGGGGCUAAAGUGAUAACUAGGAAUUGCGCUACCCAGCUCGGACAUUGGUAACGCCAAACGGACGUGCUCCGGACGUUUCUGGGCAAUUCUAAGGAUCACUUAAGAGCGCUGAGGCCACUAAAGUAGUCCCUAGAAAUGCCCCUACACUUCCGAUUCGCGUCCCGUUCGCGUUACCAAGGUCCGAGAGGUUAGAACGUUUCGUCGUUAGAGCAAAUUCGCUGCAAAAUGCCUCUUUGCGGUCCCAAACUAUUUUUCUCUAAUAUUUUUGGAAUGUCCGCAUUUCCUUGUUUCUUUUUGGAUUGACUGCAAACAUGUAUAAACAGGCCUAUUUGAAAAAUAAUGGCCUUUGUAAGGCCAAAAAUCUAUUAAAGGUCCCAAUCUAAGAAAUACUAUUUUUCUUGCUCAUCUUCUUCGAUAAGACGAUCAAGUAUAAUAACUACUUUGCAGAAAAAUAUAUGGCGAUCGGCGUCAUAAUCGCACUCUUUGUGUUACUGGUUGCGAUGGCGUUUUAUGCGUUCAUUAUGAGAGUUCCGAACAGUUGGCAGCAGGCUGCAGCCCGCCAGGAGCCAAGUUCGAUGAAUGAGAAGCCUACCGAACCCUUUUCGAGGACGGCUGCUGGCCUGGAACAUGUCGCCGAGCCGUUCAAAGAAAAUGGGCCGAACGCUCCGACUUCCUUCAUUUUUUCUUGAGUGUCGAAUAAAUGGGACAAUCCAAAUUUGGCUAUGUGAACCAUGUAAAGAAAAGGACGAAAAAAUCUUUAAUGAAAAAGAAAAUUGGGUUGUGGCGAAGGGGAAAAAAAAUAGAAAAUGGGAUGGAGCUGCUCAGAUUCUGAAGAUCGCUUUAAGAGUUGAACGAAAGAGUUUUCCGAAAAAAGAUGAUCCAAAAAAUAGUGAAAUAAUAGCCAAAAUUAGAACAGAAAUUUUGCCCUUUUGGUCUUUCUUCUUGCUUUUCUAUUGAAUCCAACGAUUUUAGCGGUUCAGUUUUCAAAUUAAAAUAAGUUACAGUAUAGUAUAGAACCCCAAGGUUUGUGAAAAAAUGUAUUUUUUUCAUAAAAAAAAAUCAUCUUUUGACCUAAGAAGGACUUUGAGCUACAUCACUUCCUCGGGUUCCGUAAGUAACGGAUGAGGGAAAAGAACUAACGGCUUCAGUCUGUUACUGGAAACCUCAACUGGUCUUUCUCAGGUUGACAAAUUUCUUUGUUCUUUCCUGAUUCGUUCCCGAGGACCCUGAUCUCGACGAAAUUUACUUAGUAGUUCCAGAAUUGGUCCUAUUUGGGAUCAACAAUUUCUUGUUGCUCUGGUCCGGCUAGUGACUCUGACUGUCAGUGAGACCCCGGACCCUGGUUCCUUCACGGAUCUACUUUCUCUUAAUUUACAGAUAUCUGUCUCCGUUGGUUUAAGCGCGGUCCCCGUGGGUUGUUUAGCACACGGCCUCAGACCUCGGUUCAAAGUUGGAUCCGAUUUUUGGUUCGAAACAGGUGUACGAGAUCUCCUGGUUCUCACCAGGAUCCUGUCUAACUCCGACAGGACCCCGACUGAUCUGAUGAUCAGUCGCGUCGACCGAAGAGCUUUGAACAGCUGGGAAUGA